AUGUACUGCAAGACGGCUGUCCUAGUCCUUGCGGCCCUCGGUAUGGUCGCGCCAACACCUGCUCCGACCCACAUCCGCAAGUCGGGGCCUAUCACCCUCCCGCUGACCCAGCGCUCUGUUGCGUGGGGAUCGCCGCCCGUUAGUUGCUGGCACCUCACCGGCCGAGCCGCAGAGCUAGAGAACUGGAACCGGGACACAUCCUACAACACCGUUGUGGACAUUGGGCAAGUCCCAGAACCACCUGUCAACAUGAUUGUCGGCACUGGCUCGGCACGACUAUGGGUCCUCGGCCCGAACUGUACCUCCUCCGACUGCCAGGGCACCGGUACCCCGUUCGACCCAGCUGCAUCGGACACGUUCCAGUACACGGGCAUCGACAUGACCCAGAGUUACGGACGUGGGUCGGUAUCUGGUGCGAUGGGAGAGGACCGUGUUAGUCUUGCCGGCUCAGCCCUUCCGUCCCAACAGUUUGGCGUCGUCAGCGACGUCAAGGACAUGCCUCUCAUAUCUCAGUACGAGGAAGUGGGCAUCCUGGGCCUAACCCACGCCACGAGUGGGGGUGCGGGUAACAACAACACUGGUACCGACUACGUGGGGGUCUGGGAGGGCCUCGUCAACGCAGGUGUCCUGACCGACGACCAGUUCGGUCUGUACCUGAAGCGGGAUCCAGUCUCGAGCACGGAACAGACCACGUCUGGUGGCGUCGUGCAUGGUGCAGGCGGGACUCUCACACUUGGCGGUGUCGACACGAGCGUCAUCAACGGCCAACUCAACUACGUCGACUUGCCGAUUCAGGACAGCGAGUUUUGGGCGGUCACAUUGGACAGCCUCAGCAUGGACGGCGUCGCUGUCGACGGCAGUGAGGGGCAAGCAGCGAUCGACUCGGGCACCACCAUGAUCUUUGGUCCUGCCUCUGUCGUCGACACCAUCUUCCAAAACGUCUCGGGAGCGUACAACGACCCAGACAAUGGGUGGAUGAUGCCGUGCGUGUCCGCGAUACCCGAAGUGUCACUCACUUUCGGUGGGGUGGUAUACCCGAUCUUUGCUGGUGACUUGCUUCGACAGUCGGUAGGCAACGACAGCUUGUGCUCAGCUAUGAUAGGGUCUGGCUUCUCCAGUAACAACUUCAACUGGAUCGUCGGCGCGACGUUUUUGAAGAAUGUCUACACGGCAUUCCGUGCCAAGCCGACGGCCCAAGUGGGUUUCGCAUCGCUGACGGACGCGGCCAACGUCAGGUCGCCGUCCGCCGUUGGCCCGCCAGUACAACCUACCACCGGGGCCUAA